AUGUGCCAGGGCCUAAACAAGGGCUAUCCUACCACCGCCAUUCCUAAGACCACGCGCCCCAGUCACCGCAAGGGCAUUCAAUCAACAAAAAACAAGUUCGUACGGUCUGUCGUGCGGGAAGUUUCUGGCUUUGCGCCAUACGAGCGUCGGGUACUUGAGUUGUUGAGAAACGCCAAGCUUGGUACACUCCUUCGCGCAAAGCGCAAGUUGGAGGAGCUCGGUAACAUUAUCCAGGAAAGCAGGAGAGCGCAUUGA